UCGGCGUUUGGUGAUUUGGAGACGGGGCCACUUCGAGUCUUGCAUCUGCAGCGACAACCUCCACCCGAGGCUUCCCACGCCGCCCGUCCGACACGAACCUUUCCGGAAAAUGCGAUGCAGAGGGCACCGAGUCAACUAAACUCUGUCCACGAUUUGAACAGAGGCUGGCAGUGACGUUGCCUGCCUGCUGCCUUCGGUUCGUCGGUGCAGCCAAAACGGCUCCACACCUGCCGCUUCAACAGUCGCGGGAGCAGCCUCGGAAACCGCCCGCCUGAUCCAUUGACCAUCCCUACGACAUCCUCCUCCCACCCAGCAGAGUGCCCGCCGCCUCUCUAUCACAUUGUCCAUUGCUGUCUAACUUCUAUAUAACCCCCUCCUGGCCAGAGCAGAGGCGAACACUGCACUGAGCCCGCGGACUUGUGCCCGCCAUGGCUCUGCAGACGUCAGCCCGCCAGGGCCUUGCCGUCGCAAGCUCUGAGCUGGGGCCAUCCAUUGCCGUGGCCGUCCUGGCCGCCCGGACCAUCCGGCCCUCGUCCGCACCGACGACCCCAACGCCGAGCUUUCUGCGCGAUGCCGCCCUGAGAAGUCCAUCGUCGACGCUGUCGAGGCUCAACGGCCACAUCGGCCUGUCUGCCCGCUGCUACUCAACCGUCGCCGCCAGGCCCCUUCAGCCCCAGCCCCGAGCCUUCGUUCCGACCGCGAUGCGCCUUCACCCCGCCUUCCAGUCCCGCACCCCCGUUCAUGUCUACAACGUCUUCCCCAAACGCUUCUUCAGCUCGAGCAUCUCGCGCAGCCUCCUCGCUAAUAGGGAGGAGGUCGCCAACCGCAACCCCGGCAGCCCCACCGCCCAGAACGCUUUCUACCAGGUCCUUCUCAAGGCGAACAUGCCCGCUAUCGUCGUCGAGCGUUUUCAGUCCGGCCGCUUUGCCAGCAACGAUGUCACCCUCGAGUCGUACCACCGCGCCCUCGGAAUGAUCUCGUCUGCCGCCGCCAACAGUGGAGCCGUGCCCGGUGCUGCUCCUGGGACCGUGUCCAUCGCCGGCGCUGCCGGUCAGUCUACGCCCCAGAUCCAGGCUAUUGGCCAGGCCGUCGCCGCCCACGCCCGCGGCGCCGGCGGGUCCACGGCCACCCAGGCGCCUGGCGGUCCCAUCCACGUCGUGGUCAACGAGUCCUUCUUCGGCAACGUGUUCCGCUGGGUCAAGUUCGCCGCCUGGUUCGGUCUGAUCGCCUACGUCUGCAUGGUUGUGCUGUCCAUCGCGUUCGAAAUGGUAACGACUGUUAAAAAGACGGGCAACAAAGUGAACAGCGAGGUCAAGGCCGAAAAGCAGACGACCAAGUUCGGCGAUGUUCACGGCUGUGACGAGGCCAAGGAGGAGCUGCUGGAGCUGGUCGAGUUCCUUAAGAACCCCGCCCUGUUCUCGACCCUCGGUGGCAAGCCCCCCAAGGGCGUGCUCCUGGUUGGACCCCCCGGUACCGGAAAGACCCUCUUGGCCAGGGCCGUCGCUGGCGAGGCCGGCGUCCCCUUCCACUACAUGUCUGGCAGCGAGUUCGACGAGGUCUUUGUCGGCGUCGGCGCCCGCCGCGUGCGCGAUCUGUUUGCGGCAGCCAAGACCCACGCCCCGUCCAUCAUCUUCAUCGACGAGCUCGACGCCAUUGGUGCCAAGCGCAAUGCCCGCGACGCCGCUUACGUCAAGCAGACCCUCAACCAGCUCCUGACUGAGCUCGACGGUUUCAACCAGGACUCUGGUGUUAUUAUCAUCGGCGCCACGAAUUUCCCCGAGCUCCUCGACCCCGCUCUGACCCGCCCCGGCCGCUUCGACCGCCACGUGCGCGUGGACCUGCCCGACGUCCGCGGCCGCAUCGCCAUCCUCAAGCACCACGCCAGGAAGAUCAAGGCCUCCCCCGCUGUGAACCUCGAGGCCAUCGCGCUGGUAACCUCUGGUCUUUCCGGAGCCGAGCUGGAGAACAUUGUGAACCAGGCUGCCAUCCACGCCAGCAAGGCCAAAAAGGCCGCCGUCGACACGGUCGAUUUCGACUGGGCCAAGGACAAGGUCAUCAUGGGCGCCGAGAAGAGGAGCAUGGUGAUCGAUCCGACCGAGAAGGAGAUGACGGCCUACCACGAGGCCGGACAUGCCCUGAUCAGGUACUACUCCAAGACGAGCACCAUGAGCCUCUACAAGGUUACCAUUCUUCCCCGCGGCCAGACCCUCGGCCACACCGCCUACCUCCCCCCACUGGACCGCUACUCCAAGACUGCCAAGGACUACUUCUCGGACAUUGAGGCGGCGCUUGGCGGCCUGAUUGCCGAGCGGCUUCAAUACGGUCCGGACGGCCAAACCAGCGGCGUGUCGCAAGACCUUGUCGUGGCCACUUCAUUGGCAUAUGCCAUGGUGGCGCGGUUCGGCAUGUCAGAAAAGCUGGGCCCGAUGGAGUUCCACAGCAGGUUCGAAUACCUCAGCCCGGCGACGCGAGAGCUCGUCGAGUCGGAGGUGCAGAGGACGCUCAAGGACGCACAGGAUCGGGGCAUCAAGCUGCUCACGGAGAAGCGCAAGGAGCUUGACCUGCUGGCCAAAGCGCUCGUCGAGUACGAGACGCUCGACGUCAAGGAGGUCGAGAAGGUGAUCAGGGGAGAGGAGCUGGUGGGCAGGACAAAGAUGCCCAAGGGCGCCGUCAUUAUGAGGCCCGCGGGUCCUAGUCCGCUUGAGGGCAUGACCCCGUUCCCUGGUCCCGGCGAGACCGAGACGGGCGGGCCUCCGCCGCCGCCUGUCGCUCCUCCCCCGGUCGGAAAGACUUGCUAGAUCAAACCCCAAUCAUUCUCGCCUCUUUUUCUUUAGUUUACAAAGCCGAAUAUUCUGUUUUAUAUGACGGGUGGUGUAAGAGCACAAGGAGCUUCAAAUAGCUCAUGGAGAGGGCGGGGUGUAACCUGAUGAAAUAUACCGGGGUGUUAUUUACGCUCCUAUAAGGACCUGUUUGGAUCCCAUGCCUUUACAUUCGUUUUACGACAUUCUGUCCAGCGUUUGUCUGUUUCCAGCGACUUUGCAGUUAUAGACAGUAGACUCAUGGUGUAAGACUAGACGAUUGCUCGUGACGGGGGUAAAUAGCAUGUCGAGGGAAAUCGCAGCACCUCGCAAAAGCAAGAUAAUUGUGGCGGUUGAACUGCGUUCAAAUGUCAUUGAAACCCCAAACAAAACACGGGUGUCUAAAAUAUACUGGCUAUUUAGAUCCAAC